AUGUCUAACAACGAAUUAUCUACAAAUAGAAUAAUGGCUCGUCAGAAUGGAAUAGUCCAGCCCUUACUUACUGACUUGUACCAGAUAACAAUGGCAUAUGCAUAUUGGAAAUCUGGAAAAGUAAAUGAUGUGGCUGUAUUUGACUUAUUCUUCCGUACUAAUCCAUUUCAAGGAGAGUUUACUAUAUUUGCUGGUCUGGAAGAGUGCCUUAAAUUUCUACAAAAUUUUCAUUAUUCAGAUAGUGAUAUUGAAUAUUUAAUGCACAUACUACCUGAUAAUAUUGAACCUGAGUUUUUUGCCUAUUUAAAAGAUUUAACAUGUAAGGAUAUUAAACUGAGUGCUAUAGAAGAAGGAUCUGUUGUAUUUCCAAGAGUACCCCUGUUGCGAAUUGAAGGUCCGCUUAUAAUAGCACAACUAUUAGAGACAACUUUACUGACCCUAGUUAAUUUCGCAAGUUUAAUGGCUACAAACGCAGCGCGUUACAGAAUGGUCGCCGGCAAGAAUGUGUCUUUGCUCGAGUUCGGAUUGCGUAGAGCGCAGGGCCCAGAUGGUGGACUAUCUGCGUCGAAAUAUGCCUACGUCGGUGGGUUUGAUGGAACUAGUAACGUACUAGCCGGCAAGAUGUUCAAUAUACCCGUUAAAGGGACGCACGCACAUUCGUUUGUGACGUCGUUUAGCACACUCGAUGACAUCACCUCUGUCGUGCUAAGACACGCGGAUACGCAUGAACAGUGUAAUAUAUUGGAGUUGUCGUUAGAGUGGCGGAGACGCAUUUCGUCUAUAAUAGACGUGUCACCAGAAGAAGCAAGCGAUGGCGAACUUGCCGCUUUGAUGUCGUAUGCCAUAGCUUUUCCCACCGGUUUUUUGGCUCUUGUGGACACAUAUGAUGUGAAGAGGAGUGGUUUACUGAACUUCUGUGCAGUUGCUCUGGCAUUAAACGAUUGUGGGUACAGAGCUGUGGGCAUUCGUAUCGACAGCGGCGACUUGGCUUACCUGUCGGUGUUAGCAAGGAGUACCUUCGAACAAAUCGCCGAAGAGUUCAAGCUCCCGUGGUUCUCCAAGUUGACCAUUGUCGCUUCCAAUGAUAUAAACGAGGAGACAAUACUUAGUUUGAACGAGCAAGGGCAUAAAAUCGAUUGCUUCGGAAUUGGAACGCAUUUGGUGACGUGUCAACGUCAACCUGCGCUAGGAUGCGUUUACAAGUUGGUAGAAAUAAACGGGCAGCCUCGCAUUAAACUGAGCCAGGACGUCGGCAAAGUCACGAUACCUGGUCAUAAGGAGGCAUACAGGUUGUUUGGAGCUGAUGGACAUGCAUUAAUUGAUCUUCUUCAAAGGUCUUCUGAACCUGCUCCGAUUAUUGGACAGAAAGUGUUAUGUCGACAUCCUUUCCAGGAGUCUAAAAGAGCUUACGUCAUUCCAAGUAAAGUGGAACAUCUUUAUAAGGUAUACUGGAGUGAUGGAGGCGUUUGUAUUUCGCCUAAGCCGUUAUCUCAAGUGCGAGAACGGGUUCAGUCGUCUCUACGCACGCUCCGGCAAGACAUCAAGCGGAACUUGAAUCCCACGCCGUACAAGGUGGCAGUUAGUGAUGAUCUUUACAACUUUAUUCACGAUCUGUGGCUUCAAAAUGCGCCUAUUGGAGAAUUAUCAUGA